AUGGUUACCACGCCUUAUAAACUUAGUGUAUUGGGUGAUGGUGGUGUUGGUAAAACUGCGCUGACUGUACAGUUCUGCAUGAACUCCUUCGUUGAAACCUACGAUCCAACCAUCGAAGACAGCUACAGAAAGCAAGUUGUUUUAGAUGAUAGCCCUGCUUUACUUGAAGUUCUUGAUACAGCCGGUCAAGAGGAGUAUACUGCUCUACGCGAUCAAUGGAUUAGAGAAGGCGAAGGUUUCUUACUCGUCUACUCAAUUGCUUCACGUUCCACUUUCGAUAGAAUCGAUAAAUUCCGUAAUCUUAUCACUCGUGUUAAGGAGAGUGAUGACAUACCACUGAUGCUUGUUGGAAAUAAGUGUGACAAGGUUUAUGAGCGUGAAGUUAGUCUAUCAGAGGCUCAACUCAUGGCAAAGAAGUUACAAUGCUCCAUGAUUGAAACUUCUGCUAAAACUUGCGUUAAUGUUGAAAGAGCUUUCUUUCACGUCGUCAGAGAGAUUAGGCGGCAGAGACAAAGUGUCAAUGGUACUACUAAUCAACAUCCUGCUCAGCCCUAUAGAAGAAAUCAACGUAGACGAAGAUGUACUAUCCUUUAG